UCAGCUAUACCAAAAAUCGUCUGCGAGACGAUCCAUGCAUUGGAGUUGCACGAUGAGACGCCUUCUUGGAAAAUUAUGGACAACAAGGGUCGAGUUACGGUGGUUCUUCACUGGGACCAACGUCAAGGCGGCGGAGCAACAGGUGGUCAAAGCGGACCGAAUAAUAGUGGAGCUGGAAGUAGUAACGGUCUUAUAUCCUCAGAAAAAUAUUCACCAUCGAAAAAAGGACUUUCUGCACAAAAUUCAUUGGACAACAAAUCCGUAUCAUCACAAUCCUCUCAACAGAGGUAUACAAGUCCACAAAUAACAGUCAUAAGUGAUGAAGGUCCCGCGAGUGUUUAUCAUCCAGGUGGUGUGGUUCUUCCACCGGGCGUUGUGAUACCUGGCACUAAUAGAAGACUUUCAAAACAAGGGGGUUCUUUUGACAGUGCUGUGGGUGCAGUGCAUGUGCACACACCUGAAUGUGCGCAUCAUGCUCACACACCCAGUCGAGCGGGCAGUCCUAGUACCACGGAGUGCGACUUUCAUUGUUGUGCACUGCACGAGGAGGGUCGUAAAAUUGCUGUUCACAAAAGUGUGGCGACCUCUCCAAUACAAGAUGGUACCACGAGCCCACAACCUCAACAGCAGGCUACGUUGGGCAUGUCAUCGGUUGUGGAUCCUAUGAUGGGUGGCAGCAUGCAGCGCCGCUCUUCGGGGACAAAAGGUCAUGUACGGUUCCUGGAUAUUGCUCCGGAGCGUGACAGUUCCGAAAGCGAAACAGAAAACACAAUCAUGGAAGAUGAAAAAGUAACGACGGAAAAGUUCUUACUUCUCAUCGACCAACUGUCCGUUGAUCAAAAACGUCACCUUAGCAUCAAAGACAUUGGCAUCAUAUUAGAGCGCCUAAAUUCCAAAAUUCUCGAUGUCGAACGACUUGACAGAGAGUCAGAGUCGGAUGACUGCUACAAUUGGACGAUAAAGGCAACAAUAAGAGGCGAUGCCCUGCGAGAACUAGGUGUCAUUUACAACGGCAACUAUUAUGCAAUCUCUGAACACCCCGGCUAUAAAGAGGAAGUUGAAGAGAACGGUGAAGAAGUAGAAGAAGAGGAUGAAGAAGAUCGGAUAUAAAUAGUGAUUAUUAUAAUUGAAUUUAAUAACUUAGUUUCAACAACUUUCAACACAUUUGCAAACAUUUGUAAACCUCAACAAAUCAAGAAAAAUUACAAAAGCGUAUGUUAUAUAAUGAUUAAAAAUAGAAAAUUAUAUUUAAAACGAAAGGUCCUAGAUUGUGUACAGUAGAAUUAAACCCAAUGAAAUAACUCAAAUUAAAUCCUUAUUAUUACGGCGGAAUAAUAAAAAAAUCCUGAAAACCAUUUAUGCAUUCAUUCAUUAAUUCAUUCAUUCGCUACAUUUACUAUUAGUUUAUAGGAAUUAAUUAUAAUUUUUGUUACUUAUUCCGUUUACGUUUAAACUAUUUAAGUCCUCACCUGAGAUUACCAAUGGAUUCAUAAAAACGUGUCACAAUUGGUCUCUCUGAGAUGAGGAUUCAGAUAGUAUAAAACUAAUUUAGAGUCCUAUUCCCUAAAUCGUCUCACUAAACAAACUACUAAUGGCCUUAUUCAUAAUAAUAUCAAAUGUAUAUAAAACAAAUUUUCAGAAUAAUUUAAACAAAAUUUGUUCUAUAAACUUUCGAUAAAUGGUUAUGAAUAAGAUCCUUAAUCUUUUGUAAACUUUUCAUGCAUAUUUUUUAUGAAAAUAUUCUAAACGCCGAGUGAUGUGGUUUAUUUAAUAUGCUCUUCAUUCGUCAAAUUGACAUACUUACAUAUGCAAUGAUACAUACAUACAUAUAUACAUUAGAUUGUUGAAAAAUUAAAUUGCGAAUAUUGACCGCGAUUUUGUUCCUGAAAUUGUUUCUUAUAUUGUGGAAAAGAAUUACACAAAAAAAUUAUUAUAAUUGGUUCAUUAGAGAAAAACUAUAUAAACGAUGAGUACACAGUGAUACACCAAAAGAAUGCAGGGGAUCUCUAUGCCAAUUCCAUUUCGCUAUAGUCCAUAUUCCCGAUUACUUCGUGUAGUUACUUUUUAAGAGAAAAAUAUGUAAAAAAACCCUAUUUUUAUUCAUCCGAUUUUUAAAUUUGAUAUUUUGUUUUUAAAUACAAGUACAUAUGUCUGAGUUACGGCCAUUUAAGUAAAAAAAACUCACACUUUUUUCAUAAUUUUUAAUUCUUAUUAUGCUCUACGUUGGCCAAAAAACAGUAGCUUCAGCUUUUAUUAUCUUUGACAGAAGCACAUUAAGUUGGUUUUCCAAUUCUGGCCAACUUAUAAAAAUCGAUGAAAAAAGUAAUAAGUUGUGCUAAGUUUUGUAAAAACAGCGCAUGUUUUUUUCCAUACUUUCAUGAUUCUGGUUUUUUGUAACAUGUUUAAAAAAUGUUUAUAAACAUUUUUAUACAAAGAUAAUAAUAAACAACCGUAACUCAGACAUUUGACAACCGUAACUCAGACAUUUGCACUUCUUUUAAGAUUAAAAGGCAACGCUUGUAUCUCUAAAACAAAAUAUCAAAUUUGGAAAUCGGUUGAAAACUACCAAAAUUAUGAUUUUUCGAAGUUUAAACUUCAAAUAUCGUUUUGUUUCUUUUUCAAUAUCACUUUACAAGAAAAACAAAAUUACACAUAAGUACUCAUUAAUUUUUUAUUAAUAAAAAUUGUAACAUGGUUUGGUCGGUUAUGUUUAAAUAUUCUCUAAAAAUAUAUUAAAUUUAUAGAAAAAUGUUGAUGUUUGUAACGUUUUAAAUAUGUUUGUGGGUGAAACGCUUACCAAAUGUUUGAGUAACAAUUUAUGCUUAAUUUUGUAUACCUUUAUAAGAUUUUCGUUAUGGUGUUUUAUUGAGGCUUAGGCCAAUUGUGGACCGAGCCCUACAGAAUUAUUAAUUUCGAAAACAAAUAACUUUUGUUGAAUUUUAUCAUACUUUUUUAAUAUUUUAAAGACUUAUUGCCUUAUGCAAAAACCAUUAUUAAGUUAACAAUGAUUGUUAAAACCUAUUUUUAUAUGGAAAAAGUGUGUAGUAAACCAUUGUUAACUUUAAUAAUCGUUUUUGCAUAAGGUAGUUAUACUAUAUACUGAUUUUCUGUGUAAAAAGAAAAUCUUUUCCGAAAAUAGCUAAAUUUAAAAUACCUUAUAUGAGCUAACUCCUUAAAACCCUUAGGGGAUUUUGCUCAACUGAUUGUCUAUCUACUUUCAUUCGAGAAAGUUUCAAUGACCCAAAAUUUGAUGCACAGUCUAAUGUACCGAUGCUAAAAGAAAUAUUAAUAGAAAUAAUUUUAAAUAUCAAGUAAUUUUUAAAAAGAGUGUUUAUGUUAUAGUAUUAAUUUAUCAUUGAUGUAUAUAUUCUUGUCAGACUGGAGAUUAAAUCCUACCUGGGGCAGGAACAUUUUUAAAUGGUAUUGUUGGGCCCUUUUCGGCUUCUCCACAUUAAUAGUGUCACUUGUAAACAUCAUCUUUUAAGUUACAAAUUUGAAGCAAUUAAAUUAAGAUCCAUACAUAUGCAUGUUUUGUAUGGCUUUGUCAUUCGAUAAGAUUGCCUUUAUUAUUCUCUAAUUCGGUAAAAUAGUGGUCAUCGCAAUAUUUCGAAUUGUAUAGGGACUUCGUGAUAUAGUAGAUCGAUUUAACUGGCAAAUUGUUCUUUCUUUAGAUUUUUAAAAAUAAUGGUAUUUGUAUCUUUACAUUUUAAAGCAAUUUAAACCAAUUGUUAGUGAUAACUUUGAAUUAAGUUAUUGAUAUUUUUUAGUGGCCCUGGUUAAUGUUUCCUCUCUGUAAGACAUCCAUGUGGAAAUAGGCAUGAAUAAUAAUAUUGAAUAAACGAUUAACUUUACGAAUCCACCAACAUGUGUAUAUAUGUAUGUAUGAAUUUAUAUUUUUUUUUUUUACUAAAAAUUUUAUAUUUUGUAAUUUGAAACCAAACUGCCAUUAUUAAAAAAAUAGUAAUUAAUAAUUAGCAACAAAACACGCAUAAUUUUUUUGUAAUAUACAAAAUGAAUAGUAGUAGUGAAUAUGACAAUUUAAAAAAAUUACAUAAAAACAAAAUAUAUUAAUAAAAAUAAAAAAUUUUAACAAGUUUCUCUCAUAUGAAAAAAACAUAACUUUACGUUUUUCUAUUUUUUAAUUCUUAUAAUAAUUCAGGUUAUGUUUUUAAUUUUAGGUAGCUAAAAGUGGCCAUGUAUGUUUGUAUGUAUGUACAUAUAUAUGUAUGUAUGUACAUAUGUAUGUAUGUACAUAUGUAUGUAUAUAAGAAAAAAUCGAAGGUAUGAAUGAAAAAUAGACAGAAGAAUGUAUGAAUCAGGGACCUAAAAUGUUCUUAUUUUUUCUUUCGAUAGAAAAGGUUACGCAAAAAAUCCCUUUAUUUUAUUUACGAAUUUUUUGGCCAUUAUUAUAAGAUUUAUAUUAUUUAUGUCACCAUAACAAAUUAACAUGAGAAAUAUUUUUUUGUUAUGAAUAACUGUUAUUUAGCAAUAUAAACAAAAAAAAAAUUAGUAACGAUAAUGAUAACCAAAAAAAUAUACGUAUGUAUUUCUCUCUGGUAUUGGUUACGAUGUCCAAAAUCAAAUGUAACUUAUGUAUAAUAAUGGUUAAUUAUAACACUUAUUUUAAAUUCAUUACUUAAUUAUUAAAGAAACCGUCAUAACCGUUACGUCCCUGAUAUGAAUCCUUUAUUCUGAGGUGAAUUUCUUGGAUUUAUAUUCCAUUGAAUUAAUUCCUAAGAGAAUUCAUACUUUAUAGGAAUGAAUUCAAUUGAAUGAUUAUUUGUUUAAUUCCUUCUAUUACAAAUUGAAUGAAAGAAAAAAUGUUUAAUUAAAUUUUUAAUAUAAAGAAUGCUUUUUAAUUAUAAAACAAAAUAUUCAAUAUAUUUCAAAUUGAAUGGUAGAAAAAUUUUUAAAUUCAAUUUGUAAUAGAUUGAAUUUAAAAAAAAAAAAAAAAUUAUCAUUCAGAGGGUAUUUAAAAACCAAUAGGAAUUGUUUUAAUUUAUUUUAAUCCAAUUUGUAACUGAUUGAAUGCAAAUAAAAUUUAUUCAUCCAAAAGGAAUUUAACAUUCUAUAAGAAAUAAUUAAUAAGAGAAUUAAUUCAAUUUCAUCGAAAGUUUUAUGAAUUAAUUAUAGGAAUUAAAUCAAAAGGAAUGAGUUAGAAGAUUGUAUGAAAUUUAAAUAUGUUUUCAAAUUUAUUUUGUAUUUGAAUCAUGAAAUCGUAAGCUCAAAUACGUUUUAAACAAUAACAAAAAUUCAAAAUUUUUUUGUGUAUAGAAUCAAUAAGAAAUACAUAGUAAUUAAAUAUACAUUUUUUGUUUUAGGUUAAAAUUUCAAUAAAUAAAAUUAUAAAAUUUUAAAAUCAUACUUUCAAAUCUUUCAUCCGUAUUUUCAGUAGGUUAGGUUAGGAUGAUUGGAGGAUGUAUAGUACAUUAAAUCCGAAGAAAUACACCUAGGCCACUAUCAGGCCUGUUGUGCGUUCCUUUUCAUGAAAAAAAAAAAAAUUCACUGAGUAUAUUAUUUUUCCAUGUUUAGAAACUCAGUUUCCUGGGCGUAAUUCCUAAGAAUUUUUCAAUCAGUGUUAGUCAGGAAAGUUAUUUCUGGAAUAACAUCACUUCUAAUUUUACUUUGUGGGAUAGUAACCUAAAGAAAACUUUUUUUGCAACUAGAAAAUAUUUAGUAAAUAAUUGAAUAUACAAACAGAUUUCAUAUAACUCUACAUUUCUAAAAUUAAUGAGAGCCUGGCCCUUGGUCUAAAUGUGACAAAAUUAAGUAGAAUUCGCUACUUCAUAACACUUAAAUAUGUUAUUUCUAAAAUCUUGAUCAAGUUACAUAAAAUUUUUUGUUCUGAAAUUCGGGAAUUCACAAAAAAUUAUAUGCAUAUGUAUAUUAUCUAUCUUUCGAAAUCGACAAUGUUUUCCUUUAAAUAAUUACAUUAAUAUUAAAUGUAAUAUAGACAUAUCUGGUCCCGUUUGUAUGGAGAAUAAAUAAUGUACUGAUGUUCCCAGCGAAAACAAAAGUUUAGUUCAUUUAAAGAUACCGUUUCUCAAAAUGUGUAAAUGUUUCAAUUAAACUGAAUUAUUUACUCUAUAAUCCAAUAAAAUUUAUAGUGUUAAGCUACGUUCACACCUAUCAAAUAUUUGAUGAUAUGAAGUGAUCCCUAAAAAUCUACAUUUUGGCUUCUAUUAAAUGAAUAUUUAUUUAAACAAAUUUAAUAUAUGUAUCUUUGUAGAUAUUACUUUAGAAUGUCCUUGUUAUUUAUUUCGAUAUUAUUUGCAAGUACAAAAAUCAUGUAAGAUAAAAAAAAAUAGUAAUUACGUUUUUUUUUUUUUUUUUGUCAAAUAUUUGUUAGGUGUGAACGUACUUUUAUAAUUUUUUUAUGGACUAUUUGAUUAGGGGGUGUAAAAUUGUAUAUUUGCAAAAACAUCAAAAUGUCAUCAAUCUAAUGCAACGGUUCCCAAAUGGGGGUCCGCGGACCCCUAGUGGUCCGUAGUACGGGACCACUAGGGACAAUGUACGGGAAUAUUUUAUAGAUAUGACAUCUCUACAUUUA